UUACACGUCAAACUAGGUCCACUUUUGAGAGAGAGAAGCCUAUCAGCUCUCAUUGUUUGGUCAUUGUUGUGGUUAAAGUUAACAGCUUUCUUCUUCUGUCUCUCAUCUCUUUCUAAAGUGAGCCAAAGCAAAUCAGCAAUGGCGGCCACUAGAGUGAUAUCCACUAUAGCAGCAAGCAAUAGCCGAGCCGCCACCACUUCCUUGCUAUUGAAAGGUCCGUUUCGAUCAUCUCACAGUCUCAGUUUGUGCUUCAACAACAGAUUGGUACCCAAGAAAAGGUCUUUUACUUGCACUGCUCUUUACAAGCCCUUCGAUGUUCAGACCAAAGAAGAAGGCCAACCCGAAACCCUUGAUUACCGGGUUUUCUUCGUCGAUGAUUCCGGCAAAAAGGUUUCUGCUUGGCAUGAUGUACCACUGCACCUGGGUGAUGGUGUUUUCAAUUGUAUUGUUGAAAUACCAAAAGAAUCAAGUGCGAAGAUGGAGGUUGCUACCGAUGAAAUAUACACCCCCAUAAAGCAGGAUACCAAAAAGGGAAAACUUAGAUAUUAUCCGUACAACAUAAAUUGGAAUUAUGGAUUGCUUCCACAAACAUGGGAAGACCCAUCAUUUGCAAACUCUGAAGUUGAUGGGGCAUUUGGAGACAAUGAUCCAGUUGAUGUUGUUGAGAUUGGUGAAAGUCGUGGAAAGAUAGGCCAGAUUCUGAAGGUCAAGCCCUUAGCUGCUUUAGCCAUGAUCGAUGAGGGGGAGCUAGACUGGAAAAUAGUUGCAAUUUCUUUGGAUGAUCCAAGAGCUUCACUUGUUAAUGAUAUUGACGAUGUUGAGAAGCAUUUCCCGGGGACUCUUACCGCAAUCAGGGACUGGUUUAGAGACUACAAGAUCCCUGAUGGAAAACCUGCUAACAAGUUUGGUCUUGGCAACAAAGCAGCAAACAAGGAUUAUGCUCUUAAGGUCAUCACUGAGACCAAUGAGUCCUGGGCUAAACUUGUCAAGAGAUCUAUUCCUGCUGGAAAGCUAUCUCUUGCGUGAAUGUCACUUGUGAAGCUGGAGGUGCUGUGGCUUCUGCUUGUUUUCUUCUCAGUGAGACACCAUAGAUCUUCUCUGUUGCAAGCCUGGUAAUUUCAUUUGUUGACAUGAAAAGCAAUUUUUUCCUGUUACUGAGCUGGAUUUUUCGACGAAUAUUGUUUUGUUUUGUCUGAUUAAAUGUCGGUACUCUAUUUGACCAAUAAAUAAAAUUACUUUCUUCCA